UAAUUUGGGUGCUGCUGCUGCUAGGCACGGCGCUGAGCAGAUGCCGCUCGGAGGGAGAUGCCCAGCAGUCCAUGCAUUGUGGUACAGAAAACGAGCCUUCUGCCGAGUUGGAGAGGUGGUACGAAUUCACACCAUCAGGUCUUGACGAUAUCAGUGCCAGAAUUGUUGAAAAAGAAGGAACAAACCAAUUAAACAUUACUUGGACCAUUAGUGCAGAUGGCAGCAUUACAGGACUGAGUGCCACGAAGCUAUGCAUAUCAACACAGGGCCACCCAACCUGUAUUAGAUGUGAUUAUACAAAACCCUUUGAGAGCCAAACCAGGCAUGGGGAUCAAAAAUGGCAGUUCUACUAUGUUGGAUUUCCUGUAAAAGAGAAUACCAUUUACCACAUUGAUGGUCACAACCUACCACCAGGAAACCCAAAUGAGGACAUUCCAUCAAAAUACGUACAGCUGUCUUCUCCAGGCUGUGCAGAUGAUACCAUGAAAUAUAGCAAAGCUUGCAUAGAAAAAGGAAGUCUUUGGGAUCCAAAUGUAACUGUAUGUAAAAUGGAUUCAGAAAUAGAAGUGAAUUUUACAGCUAGUGCCUUGAGUCCCACUUAUAAAAUCCUCAUUUGUGACUCUGAAUUCCGUGAAUGCAGUGAUCAUCCAGUUAUAUUUCAUGCCAAGAAUGAUACUAGAAUUUCUGAAAAAAUACCAGUGAAUACUCCAAGCAGCAAAGACUACAUAGAGGUAAAUCCCUCUUUUCCAAGAUGUGGAAAUGAUUGUCGAAGGCACUCUAAGUACGAGCUUAAAUGUCCUGAAGCCGUGAAGACAUAUCCCAUAGGAAUGUAUGCUUGCAUACUUGCCGCAGUGUGUGUGACAGUGUCUGUCAUUGCUGCUGUAGUGUAUGUCAAGAAGAGGCACGGUACCGUCAGGAUGUGGCCCUUCUCCUAUCCUGCAAUACAACAAAGGCCUGUUAAGAUCCUUGUUAUAUAUCCACCUGAUGUCUGCAUUCACCACACAGUCCUUGGUUUUGCCGAGUUUCUACGUGAACACUGCCAAAGUGAUGUUGUUGUAGAUGUGUGGCACAAACGGAGAAUUGCUGAAAUAGGGCCAGUGCAGUGGCUUGCUAUUCAGAAAGAAUUAGCUGAUAAAGUAAUUUUUCUCAGUCCGAGCCCUCCAAGACCUGCAUGUGAGUCAGCCUGUAAAAGAUCUGUAGAAGGCCAUAAUGAGAACUCCGAGUGCAUGUUCACUCUUGCAUAUAACCUUUUCUGCAGUGACUGGAAAAACCAGUCAUCCCUCCACAAGUACGUGGUAGUUUCUUUGAGUGAUGCACUUUCAAUUAAAGCUCUCCCAAGUGCCUUGACUAUCUGUCCAAAGUAUUUUCUAAUGAAGGAUUUUGAUUCCUUUCUUAGAGAGCUUUACCUUUCACAGAACUCCAGCUGUGGUAAAGGCAGAAAGUCAAAGGACAGUUAUUGUUUACUUUAAAAAGUCAACUUCAUGUAUAAUACCCUCCCAAAAAAAUCCAGUUUCUGAAAGUAACGUCUUUCUGGCCCACACUGUGCUCAUUUUGUGUAUUAACCAUUUUCAUGCAACAAGUGCAUGAACUGUCCUGCCACUGAAUUGGUAGUGUCUUUCUAAAAGUGCUUCCAAUGCACUAAUUCUGUUUUCUAAAAUACACAGAACUGGAUACUACAGAUCACCAGCCUGCUCCCUUUCCAUCAGUUUUGGAAUCUGUCACUUGUACAGCAGCAACCUGGCAAGGGAGGGGAGUUGCCUGUCAUAAAGGAGGCAACUGUGGCAAAGGAAUCCCACUUGAAAGGAUCAGGUAGCAGAUGAUGGGAAAG